AUGCUCUGGGAUAGAAAAAGAAAAGAAAAAUAUGAAAUAUUCAUGCCUAUAAACAUAAUUACGAUACUGCUCUUCUACAGCAUAGAAGUUAAAGGGUGCAUCAAGGGUAAGGAUGUCAUUCAAGAUGGAAAAAAGAAUCUAUCCUUUUCAGUGUCAAUUCCCAAGAUGGCCACAGUUACAGCUUUGGUGAAUGAAAGGUCAGUGGUUAUAUUCAGCAAAACCUCUUGCUGCAUGUGCCAUACCAUUCAGACGUUGAUAAGUAGUUUUGGAGCAAAUCCAACUGUUUAUGAGCUAGAUAAGCAUCCAAAGGGACAGCAACUAGAGAAGGAACUCAAAGGAUUAGGGUGUAAGCCAAGUGUACCAGCCGUGUUCAUAGGGCAGCAGUUGAUUGGGGGUGCCAACGAGAUAAUGACCCUUCAUCUCAAGGGUCAGCUGGUGCCAUUGCUUCUCAGGUCUAACGCAAUAUGGGUUUAG